AUGGAGGCAUGCUGUCGGCCCGGCUGGCGGCUCACCAAGAUGCAGCAGGAGGACGUGGAGCGGGCCCACACCCCCCAGGCAGGCAGGGGCGGCAGCGAGAGCGACGGCGACGGCGACGGCGACGGCGACGGCGACGGCGACGGCGACGGCGACGGCGAUGGCGACGGCGACGGCGACGGCGACCAGAGCCUGCCGUUUCAGUGCGGCUGCGCCGCAUACCCCCACCAGCAGCUGCAAGCCUUCCCCGCUUCCGGCGCCUCGCCCAUCCUUGGCUCACCAUCGGGCGGCGCCUGGUUGGGCGGCGCUGGCCUGGCCGCCUCCCCCGACUUUGGCUUUGGCGGCCAGAGCGCGCGCCGCAGCAGCGGGCUGUACGGCCCCGGGCCGUCGCCCCUGGGCCGGGCCCUGCCCUCCGCGGCCGCCCCUGCGAUGGUGGCACCCCUGCCGCCCGCGCUGCCUGUGGCGCCGCCCCCAGCGCACCCUGAUCACGCCAAGCUGACACCGCGCCUGCACGCGAGGGUGUGGUUCAAGCAUGGACACCGGGCCUCCAUGAUUGUCCCUAACCUGCUGCCGCAGCUGGUCGACACUGCAGGCAAGCCCGACGGCCUCCUGCCGGACGCGGCCGCCGCCGCGCGCUGCUGCGAGGAGGCGCGCGAGUUCCUUGCCCACCGCGCCAGCCAGGGGUUUACGUGCCCCAUGCUGGACUUCAAGGGCGAGGCCGCCUGGGAGUCGGCCAUUCGGGCCGACGACUUCGUCACCUGCGUUGCUGGCCUCGCCUGCGACAGCAGCGGCGGCAGCGGCGGCUGCGACCUGAUCGAGCGGUGGCCAGCGUUCAGCCGCGGGCACCGCCAGCAGCUCCUCGCCCUUGAGCCAGACCUGCUCAUUGCGCGCCAGCGCGACAUGCCCGACCACUUUGCCGAGCACGUCGUGCAGCUGGUGCCGGUCGAGGACGGCGGCGGCUUUAAGCCGUUGCUGUUCCUGUUCAUGGCUACCCGGCUUGCCUGA